AUUCAGUGCGUAGCAUUGCGGAAGUGAUACGUUUUGCAAAGUGUCGGCGAAAUUUUUUUUUCUAUUCUUGUGAAAUCUUCAAUAGUGCACCAUGCCGAAAGAAAAUUUAAAAGAAAAACUUGAUGGCAAUGAGUUAGAUUUGAGCUUGAGCAAUUUAACAACAGUUCCAGUUAAAGAUCUGGCUGAGCUGCCCAAAGCAACACAUUUAGACCUGUCAUGUAACCUCCUGGCUGACCUGCCGGACACUUUCUGUACACUGACCCACCUUGUGAAGAUAGACCUCAGCAAGAAUCUAUUAACCAAACUUCCAGAUGACUUUGGUAACUUGACUCGGCUCCAGCAUCUGGACCUGCUGGGUAACAGACUUACAGUGUUACCAGUGAGCAUGUACCAGCUCACUAAACUCAAAUGGCUCGAUUUAAAGGACAACCCGUUGGAGCCUGAGCUGAAGAAAGUUGCAGGAGAUUGUUUGGAUGAGAAACAGUGCAAGAAAUGUGCCACGGAUGUUGUUGCUCACAAUAAACUUAUUCACAAUGCAAUACAGAAGAAAUUGCAGGCACAGCGAGAGGAAGAGAGAAAGAAGAAACAAGCAGAAGAGGCUGCACUAGAGGCAGAGAGACUGAGAAUUGCUGAGGAGAAAAAAAGAAAGAAACAAAACAAGAAACAAGCUCAGAAAGCCAAAAAACAAGCCACACCCGAAAGACAGGAACAAAAACCAAAUGAACCAAUAGCAUCAUCAAGUAAAACAAAGCAGAAGGCAACAAAGAAAGGUGACGGAGGAGGUGGUCAGUGCUGUAUGAAGUUCCUGUUUUGGCUCUUCCUCGCUCUAGGCCUAGUCCUGGCAGCUCUUACAACCAUCCUUGUCUUCUGUCAGAACGAUCCAAAACACAACUUUUGUGAAGUGAUCCAGUUUGAAGCAAAGGUGGUUCCUUGGACUAAAACUAAUGUUGUACCACAUAUAGAGAAAGUUCAGGACACAGCUGUUGAUUUGGGAACAAAAGCAAAGGUUUAUGCAGAUAAAGGUGUUGUGUGGGUACAAGAAAAUGGGCCAAAGUUUGUUGACUUUGUAAAGCAGGAAUGGAAUGAUGCUAAAGAAUUUGUACUUGAAAGGUACAGAUCUUUCACAGGUGAGGAUGAAAAAACACUGAAAAAAGAAUCUGCAUCCUCAAAGAAACCGAAACCAACCACUACCACCACACAAAAACCUACCACCACUACCACCACACAAAAACCUACCACCACUACAACCACGCAGAAACCUACAACCACACAGAAACCUACUACUACAACCACAACAACCACUACUACUACAACCCAGAAACCAACCACAACUACCACCACUCAGAAACCAACCACAACUACAACCCAGAAACCAGCCACGACUACCACCACUCAGAAACCAACCACAACAACUACAACCCAGAAACCAACCACGACUACCACCACUCAGAAACCAACCACAACAACUACAACCCAGAAACCAACCACGACUACCACCACUCAGAAACCAACCACAACAACUACAACCCAGAAACCAACAACGACUACCACCACUCAGAAACCAACCACAACAACUACUACUCAGAAACCAACCACGACAACCACCACUCAGAAACCAACCACUACAACAACAACUCAGAAACCAACCACGACAACCACCACUCAGAAACCAACCACUACAACAACAACUCAGAAACCAACCACGACAACCACCACUCAGAAACCAACCACGACAACAACAACUCAGAAACCAACAACGACUACUACCACUCAGAAACCAACAACGACUACUACCACUCAGAAACCAACCACAACUACUACUACUCAGAAACCAACCACAACCCAGAAACCAACCACGACAACCACCACUCAGAAACCAACCACGACAACCACAACCCAGAAACCAACCACUACCACCACAACUCAGAAACCAACCACAACUACAACAACUCAGAAACCAACUACAACUACUACAACACAGAAACCAACAACGACUACAACUCAGAAACCAACCACAACUACCACAACCCAGAAACCUACGACUACUACUACAACUCAAAAACCAACUACUACUACUACAGCUCAGAAACCAACAUCUACCACCACACAGAAAACAAAAAGUGAGAAGCCAGUAGAGAAAGUAGAUCCUAAAAAAAUAAAUGUAGAUUCUAAAGAAAAUGAAAGGGUUAUAAAAGGAGGACAGAGGGUACAUGACCAAGAACUGAAAACAGAUGAGAAAGUUGUUAGAGGCGGGCAGCAGAAUAAACAAAAUUGAUAAACGUAGUUUUUAGGUUUAAGUUUAUUUUGUUAAAGAUAUUAGAAUGUUAAGUUAUGCCAGUUAAGAUUUUAAAAAAAUGCGUGAAAGCUUUAUUUUAAGGUGAAAUUUUGUAAUCAAAUGGAGAUAUCCUUGUGAAACUUUGCUUGAAACACCAUUUUUACUGAGUUCAGUAGGUGGAGCAAUAGGGGUCAGUAGUAUAAUCUCCGGAUGAGACAAAUAUUUGCUGUAUAUUCUGCAGAAGAGCUGUCUUUCAUAUGCUGCAAUUACUUUGAUAUAGAGAACAAAUUUAUACUGGACUGGUAAGGACUCCAGGAACACUAACUGCUGUUACAUACAUGUAAGUGAAAAGGGCCAACUGCUGAAAAAUCUUUGUGGAAUAUUCCAAUUUUUAGCACACUCGAGCAUAAAGAGAUCAAAUGAGCCGCGCUAUGAGAAAAUCAACAUAGUGGCUUUGCGACUAGUAUGGAUCCAGACCAGCCUGCGCAUCCACUUUCAAACCCUAUUGCAAUUAGAGAAACAAUUUGCGAACAGCAUGGAUCCUGACCAGACUGCGCGGAUGCAAAGCCACUAUGUUGGUUUUCUCAUGGCGCAGCUCAGAUAGAAAAUUGUACUUUUUGCAGUGAUACAAACUUCAAUUUUUUACUUUCCUUAUGAUAAAAUAUAAAAAAAAAUUCAGCUAAUACUAAUAUCAGGCCCAAGUUUUGAUAAACUAAGUUUGAAGACCAGUCUAGAAUGCUGCAUUACUAUUGGUUGAUUUUUCUUAAAACAGCCAAUCAGAUGAUGGAGUGUUGAGAUUGGUGUCCUAACUCGAACUUCUAAUUUCAGUUUAUCAGGGCUUGACUUUUUCAACUCAUGCACCGGAUGUAAUAUUCAGAAAGCAAUAAUAUUAUUAUGACCUCCUUGCAAUUUUUGUGUUGCUUGUUUUGUGCUUUUUACAGUAUAAGUAUUUGUAUAUGUACCAGAUGUAUCACGAGACUGCAGUGAACAAGGAUUUUAAGAUGAGGUAUUCAAUACUUGACUGAAACUACUGUAAAAUCAUUUAUUUUUGUGGGCAUGACAUUUCUUAGGUUUUAACAAAAAAUGACUAUUUCAUUGGCGGAUGAACAUGUGGAAUAAACCUUUUGAAGCCCGCCCGCUUAGCUCGCUUAGGUAGAGCGUUGGUCUACAGAUCAAGGGGUCGUGAGUUCGAUCCUCAGGCGGGGCUUAUGUUCUUCGUGACUAUUUGAUAAACGACAUUGUGUCUGAAAUCAUUAGCCCUCCACCUCUGAUUCAUGUGGGGAAGUUGGCAGUUACUGGCAGAGAACAGGUUUGUACUGGUACAGAAUCCAGGAACACUGGUUAGGUUAACUGCCCGCCAUUACAGGACUGAAAUACUGUUGAAAAAUGGCGUUAAACUCAAAACAAACAAACAAAACCUUUUGAAUAUAAAAUUAAUGGGUUUUGUGUUGUUAUUUUUAGCUCGACUAUUCAAAGAAUAGUCUAGCUAUUCUACUCACCCUGGCGUCGGCGUCGGCGUCACACCUUGGUUAAGUUUUUGCAUGCAAGUACAUACAGCUAUCAUUUAAAGGCAUAUAGCUUUGAAACUUAUUUAUUCUUUUUCUAGGUCAGUUACCAACCUCACUGGGUCAAGUUCCAUAACUCUUAACAUGUAUUUUGAGCAAAUUAUGCCCCCUUUUGGACUUAGAAAAUUCUGGUUAAAGUUUUACAUGCAAGUUACUAUCUCCAAAACUAAUGCAGAUAUUGAAUUGAAACUUCACAUGUGUCUUCGGGGUUAUAAAACUAGUUGAUAGCACCAAGUCACAUAACUCUGACCUUCAUUUUGGCCAAAUUAUGCCCCCUUUUGUACUUUGAAAAUUUUGGUUAAAGUUUUGCGUGCAAGUACAUACAGCUAUUACUAAAAGGCAUAUAGAUUUGAAACUUAUUUUUUCUUUUUCUAGAUCAAUUACCUAACCCACUGGGUCAAGUCCCAUAACUCUGACAUGUAUUUUGGCCAAAUUAUGCCCCCUUUUGGACUUAGAAAAUUCUGGUUAAAGUUUUGCUUGCAAGUACAUACAGCUAUUACUAAAAGGCAUAUUGAUUUGAAACUUAUUUUUUCUUUUUCUAGAUCAAUUACCUACCUCACUGGGCCAAGUCCCAUAACUCUGACAUGUAUUUUGAGCAAAUUAUGCCCCCUUUUGGACUUAGAAAAUCCUGGUUAAAGUUUUGCAUGCAAAUACAUACAGCUAUUACCAAAAGGCAUAUAGCUUUGAAACUUAUUUAUUCUUUUCCUAGGUCAGUUACCAACCUCACUGGUCAAGUUCCAUAACUCUUAACAUGUAUUUUGAGCAAAUUAUGCCCCCUUUUGGACUUAGAAAUUCCUGGUUAAAGUUUUACAUCAAGUUACUAUCUCCAAAACUAAUGCAGAUAUUAAAUUGAAACUUCACAUGUGUCUUCGGGGUUAUAAAACUAGUUGAUAGAAUCAAGUCCCAUAACUCUGACAUGUAUUUUGGCCAAAUUAUGCCCCCUUUUGGACUUAGAAAAUCCUGGUUAAAGUUUUGCGUGCAAGUACAUACAGCUAUUACCAAAAGGCAUAUAGCUUUGAAACUUAUUUUUUCUUUUUCUAGGUCAGUUACCAACCUCACUGGGUCAAGUUCCAUAACUCUUAACAUGUAUUUUGAGCAAAUUAUGCCCCCUUUUGGACUUAGGAAAUUCUGGUUAAAGUUUUACAUGCAAGUUACUAUCUCCAAAACUAAUGCAGAUAUGGAAUUGAAACUUAACAUGUUUCUUCGGGGUUAUUAAACUAGUUGAUAGCAUCAAGUCCAAUAACUCUGAUAUGCAUUUUGGUCAAAUUAUGUCCCGUUUCGAACUUAAAACUCUUUUGAUAUUUAACAUUUUGGGUAAUAAUUUCCUGCUUCUGUGACAAUAUUUCGAAUAGUCGAGCUUGGCUGUCUUAUGGACAGCUCUUGUUAAAUUAAAUUUCAUCGAUUGACACGACCAUGAUAUCCACAAAAAUUAGUCCCCACGAAUAUUCAUGAUUUUGCAGUACCUAAAAAACCGGGUUUAUAACUUAUAUUAUCAGUUUUAUUUUCUCUUUUAUUUACAGCACUACUACAAAACUAGGUCAUUUGUUUACAUAACCUGCUGGAACAGCAAACAUAUUCUGUCACGAUCCUUACCAUGAGAAAACCAACAUAGUGGCUUUGCGACCAGCAUGGGUCCAGACCAACCUGUGCAUCCGCACAGUCUGGUCAGGAUCCAUGCUGUUCGCUUUCAAAGGCUAUUGUUAUUAGAGAAACCGUUAGCGAACAGCAUGGAUCCUGACCAGACUGCGCGGAUGUGCAGGCUGGUCUGGAUCCAUGCUGGUCGCAAAGCCACUAUGUUGAUUUUCCCAUGGCGAGGCUCAUAUUCUGUCAUGAUCCUUGCUUUACACUGGAAAUUGCUUUUAAAAUUAAAAUGCUUGUUUUAUAAUUAUGACAAAAUGACAUAAUGUAAAGGGUUUGGUCCUGUCGAGUAAAACUCCAAUCUUGUGAUCAGCAUAACUCAUCAAGAACUUUACAAGCGAUGUAUAUAGAUUCAUCAAAGCUAACGUAUUUAUACUGUAAAUAUCAUCUGUUGAAAGAUUAGAAAUCGAAUUUGAAAGAUGUUCUUCUUUUUUCAAACUAGAAUUCUAAGUUCUAGAACUGUGUAUUUCUUUGUUUAUAGAUAAUUUGGUUGUGGGAAAAGAUCGUAGGUGAUUUUGUCUAUCUACGAUUGUGUAAAAAAUGUUUCAGGAAAUAAAUCGGCAUCUUUGUUCCAUACCAUAAAAAUCAUUAAUUAGAGAAUCAAAAUCUCCAGAUAUAAGUACUUGUAUGUUAUUGUGUGUUACGUUAGUGUUAUAUAUUCAGUGUAUUUGUGUUCACGUAAGAAUGACGGCAGCAGUGGCAUUAAACUGAAUUGUGUACUAAAUUUUAACCUAAUAAUCUUAAAUCACUUUUGCGUUAUUUUUUAUGCCAAAUAAUGUAAUAAGAAAACUGAUUAUUAAUGAUGGUCAAACUUGAAACUUAUGUGAAAAAUCUUUGAUUUCGUUAUCAAUAAUUGCCAUAGGCAGUAAUAAAAUUACACUUAAUUAAUAUAUUGUUAACUAGUGCAGUACUAAAUAUUGCAGAGAAUGGUUUUGAUAAUUAGGUAGAUCUACAUGUGUAUUAGUGUUGUUACAUUAAUUUGCAAUAAUUGCAUAAUUAUGUGUAAUUUCAAUCUACAGGAUUAAUGUAAUGUAAAAAUGUAUAGAAGUGUAUAAAUUAUUGGGUGCUUCUGAUGAAAUACAGAGACAUGUGGAUGAAGUAUUACACAUAUUUUCAUGUAAGUUUGAAGUCAUAUAAUUCUGUGGGGUUAAAGUCGCUGACUUCAAGUCACUAGCCUUUGAGCCUUGCUCGGGGCGUUGAAUUCUGCAUGUGAAGAAGCCAUCUGGCUGGCUUACGGAAGGUCAGUGGUUCUUGUCCAGGUGCCCACUCGUGAUGAAAUAAUGCACGGAGGGGCACCUGGGGUCUUCUUCCACAAUCAAAGCUGGAAAGUUGCCAUAUGACCUAUAAUUGUGUCAGUUGUGUUGAUGUUAAACCCAACAAAAACAAACAAAACAAAUAGUUUUGUGGGCAUGCAAUUUCAUGGUUUAUGGCAAAAACAAGUAUUUGGUGGGGAUAUGAAAACGUGGAUUUCAGCUUUUGAAGGUAAAAUGAACUAGACUUUUGGGAUUUAAGAUUAGUGGAUUCAAAUAAUCACUAAAUUAAGUAAAGUAAAAUAGUCCCCUAGGAGUAUUAAUGAUUUCACAAUAUGUUUUUUCAUGGCAUAAAUUCAUUUUUCAUAUAUUUUAUACUGUGUUAAUCUAACUUUGAUCACGUCACUUUACAGGCUAGAGUGUUAAACUUGAAACAUAUUCAAUUUGUCUUUACCAGAUUUGUACAUAUUUCGGGACAUUUUUUUUCCUCCUGUUACAGUAAGAUUUUAAUCAAACGUGGUAGAAAUGAUCAGUAUUCUUGCAGCUACGGCAGUAUUUGUUUUGCAUAUUUGGUCAUUUCAGUCUCCUUGUCAAAUUGGGGAAUUUCGUUUCAUGCUGUUCAUUGACAAAAUAUGGAUAAAAUCAUUAUAGGGGUCAUAACCUCUUUGGGUUUAUCGCUAAAUUGAAAUCACGCUUAGUUGCUUUUUUGAAAUGAUAUUCUGAAAGUUUAAAACAACAACUUAAUUAUGUUGGAAGUGUUGUUUUAAAUUCUGAGGAUCUCUUAAUCUUGCUUGCCACAACAUCGUUAUUAAUUCCCGAUUAAUUUGUUACAUGCUUUCAGUUUACUUCAAUGUAAUUGUUUUGUAUCCAUCAAUUAUUUCAAAGUUAUACAAAAAUGUCAGCUUUAAACAUUCAGAUUUCUUUAAAUAUAUUUUGGAUUAUUUUGAUAGUCUAAUCAUAUCUCAGGGAACCAGCACUGAUUAAAUGUCCCGCUUUAAGCUUUCCAGUUAGAUAUACAGUCGCACCUGUACAGAAAGACUAAGUUUGGAAGAGCCAUAAAGUUGUUCUUGUUUGCAGGUAAUCUAUAUUCGCAGGGUAAUAUACAUCGAGAAUGACAAGAGUUACCUGUAGAGACAGGUGGCGCACCAUUCACAGGUUGUUUCUAGGAUUAGGUCGACUGUAAUACAAGAAAUAAUUUGACUAGAUAAUAAUUCAAAAUUUCAGUUCCAAGGAUACAUUGAAAGCUCAAAAUACUGUAUUCUAUGUAUACAGCUGAUUUGAUAUCAUUUAUGGAUGAAUGGCAUUAUAGAGAGCUCAAGUGUAAAUUAUUCAUGACAUGAAUUUUUCAAAUAGCUUAACUUUAACUUGCAUCUUGAGGAAUAUAUGGAGAAUAUAAUAUAUAUUGAUGUAAUUUUUUGUUUUGUUUACAUUUUUAUUGAGAAAAUUUAUAUUGUUGUUAACCAAAUACUAAUGGGACCAAAAUUAAGCACAUGAGAGCACUAAAUAUUAUGUCUUGUUCUAUGAAUGUAGAUUAUAAGUAUACUUGGACUAGUACUAAAGUGUUGUAAACAACAAUUAUCUUCAUGUUUAUAAUGAAUUGGAGUGGCUCAUUUACUCAUUAGAUCUGUAACUGAACCCGAGACCGAAGGUUUUACACUCUUACAUCAGAGUCCGAGAUACAAAUUUUGAUUUUGAAAACGUAUAUUUUUAAAGACAGAUUUUACUUUUCAGUCUUUAAAGUUACCAAAACCUCACAAAAUGCUGUAUUUUUGUAAAGCUAUCAGGAAAGUCCAGAAAUCUGGUAAGGUAUGAAAUUGCAGUAACUUUCCAAACUACAAUAACAUAUAAAUUUCAUAACUUUAUAUCUCUCUGUAAAAUUUUGCUGAUGUUACAGACUAAUCUGUAAGACAGUGCAUUGUGAUAUCUUCUCAUUUACUUGCUGGCAUUAAGUUCAAAUCUAGAAAAAGAAAAGACGUCAUCGUAAGCUUGAUUCUGAAACUGCAGAGUCCAAUUGCUUGGAAAAGCCAGCACUUACUUGAGGAGACAUCACUACUUAUCAAAUUGAUGUUUUAGACACAUAUCACCUUGACUUCUGCACCAUAUUAUACUGUAAAAUCGUUUUAAUUUUAUGGAAACAAAAUUUCGCAGUUUCUGCCAAAACUAUUAUCAUGUGCUAAUUUUAUGGAAACCAAAUUUCGCGGUAUCUGCCAAAAUUGAUACCUUCUGUUAAUUUUAUGGAAUCCAACUUUUGCGGUUUCUGCCAAAACUAAUAUCUUGUGCUAAUUUUAUGGAAACAAAAUUUCACAGUUUCUGUCAAAACUAAUAUCUUGUGGGUACAUGAAUUUGUGAAAGGUGAAAUUACUGUUUUUAUUUGUUUAUCAGAAUUGACUCGUCAUUUUGUGCAAUAAUGAAAAAAGUCCCCCAUGAAUAAGAACGAUUUCUCAGUAUACUUUGGUGAUACACUGUGCAGAUAUCUUGGGAGAUUUAAUGUUAUAAACAAGGUUUAUUUGAUUAUGUGAUGUAUAUAGCAUAUCAUGUACUCAUUACCCAUUCUAGUCUACAUGUUGUAUAAUAUUUCAUGUUCAGAGAGACCUGUGGAUUAAGACCAUGCAUUGCUGUGGUCUUUAACCUUUACCCUGCUAAAUUUCUAAAAUGGACUGUUCGAUCAUUCAAAGGGUUGUCCACUGAAAAUUUCCUGAUCUUGGUCUGCACUGGUUACAAAGGCAAAAUCACUUGCCGCCAGCAGGCUAAAGGUUAACACAGGUUUGACUCUGUUUUAUAUGGUGCAUGUUUAGGAUUUGUUGGGUAUAUGUGAAUUUCUCCGAGUCUAAUACAGUGGAACCUAUCAAAAGCUACAUCACUACUGAGGAAACCGCUCGAACAAUUUUUGGUCUACUUUUGAAAAAAAACACCACCUCUCUUAACAAGAAAACCCUUAGAACUGAACCUUUCUUAUGGUCCCUACACUGGUCACUUUAGAGAGGUUCCAUUGUAUGAACAGAUACAAGUGCCGUUAUUAAAGACCUUUAAAAAUAGUAUACUGCAUGCUAAAGCAUGCUUUGUUUUAUACGUAACUUUUGUGUAGAAUUUAUAUAUAUAAUCAUCUUGGAUGCUUAUGUGCACAUAAUGACUCUGUAUAUAAAGUAAUCAAUCUGAAUACAUGAAUGUUUUGGUGCAUUUCCAGCAUCACAGAUACAGGAACAUUGCUUAUGCCAACAUUUUUUCAAGGUUUUGUUUCCAUAUGAAGUGCUUUUUUCUAUCUAAAAUUAGUUUUACUAGAAAUAUUGCCUAGCAACCAUUUAUUCAGGCCAUUCACUUUCUAUACAAGUGCUGUUACUCAUAUAAAAUCAGUUUUACAUUUUAUAAAACAUGAUAGAUACCUUUCAGAGUUCAUUUGUCUAUUCAUACAUUUUUAACCGAUGGAAAUACAUUAUAUUUUAAUUCAAAGAUACAUCCGUGUUGUAAAUAAAUGGGAAGUUUGACCGAAAUAAAUUACGAGUAUACUAGUGUAUCAUCUGCUUAGCAUAAAAUUGUCAUAUCUUUAUAUGUAUAGAAACGGAUACAGUAAUUUUAUACCAAGGUGACGAGUCUUAGGAGUGUACAGCGAUUUUUCUUAAGUGUUAUUUAAAUUCAAUAAUUUUACAUUUUACUCAUGUGAAGAUAUACAUCAACUAUUUUUUGCCUGUUGUUAGUUGAUAAAAUAGUGUUGUUAUUGAAGAAUAAUUAUACAAUGAAAAUAUUUUUGUCAAUCAUGAAUUUUGUCAUGGCUGCUUUACUAAGAAUUGCACGCCACUGGAAAAAAAAGAUGCUUUAAAUUCUUGUCAUUCACAGGCAUUUAUUGUCAUGUAUUUACACUUACAUGUAUUAUGUCGUGAUAUUAUUCACAAAUGCUAACUUAGCAACAUGCAUAUCUAAGAUUUUAGUAAAGAUACCAAAUUUGCA